AUGCCCGGCUUCGACUUCACCAACUACAACCGCAAUACGGCUCUCCAUGCCCGUGGUGUUCCUCUCCCUAAAGCCACAUCUACUGGUACUACCAUCGUAGGCUGCAUAUACGAUGGCGGCGUGGUGAUAGCAGCCGAUACGCGCGCCACCUCCGGUCCCAUCGUCGCCGACAAAAACUGCGAAAAGUUGCACUAUAUCUCCCCCUCCAUCUGGUGCGCGGGCGCCGGUACCGCCGCUGACACCGAGUUCACUACCGCCAUCACCUCUUCGAACCUCGAGCUACAUUCCCUCUCUACUGGCCGCGCCCCUCGCGUCGUGACCGUCAUGACAUUGCUGAAGCAGCACCUGUUCCGAUAUCAAGGCCAUAUUGGUGCAUAUCUGGUUGUCGCUGGAGUGGAUCCUACAGGAGCACAUCUCUUUACGGUACACGCGCACGGUUCUACCGACAAGCUACCAUAUGUAACCAUGGGCUCCGGCUCAUUGGCCGCCAUGUCCGUAUUUGAGUCCACGUGGAAACCCAGACUUACCCGUGACGAGGCUGUCAAGUUGUGCGCCCAGGCGAUUGAAGCUGGUAUCUGGAACGAUCUGGGUUCUGGCUCGAACGUUGAUGUUUGCGUGAUUGAGAAGGACAAGCCGACGCAGCUGCUGCGGAACUAUAUCACUCCCAAUCAGCGCGCACAAAAGGAGCGGGACUACAAGUUCAAGGUCGGCACCACAGCUUGGCUGAAGGAGAAGGUUAUCACAAAGGAAGAUCUUGGCCGGUAUGUCACAGUGCAUGAGCUGCGCAGUGGGAGCACCAGUGACAGCGACAGUGUGGUAGUCGUCGAAAAGAUGGACGUUGACGAGUCGUAA